AUGGGAAAGCCUCGUGGACUCAACACCGCUCGCAAGCUCCGCACCAUCAGGAGGGACAACAAAUGGGCCGACGCUCACUACAACAAGCGUAUGCUUGGUAACUUCUACAAGUCGUCGCCCACUGGUGGAUCCUCUCAGGCCAAGGGUAUCGUCCUCGAGAAGAUCGGUGUCGAGGCCAAGCAGCCCAACUCUGCCAUCCGAAAGGCUGUGCGAGUUCAGCUGAUCAAGAACGGAAAGAAGGUGGCCGCCUUUGUGCCCAAUGACGGUUGCUUGAACUUUGUCGAUGAAAACGACGAGGUGCUCAUCAGCGGUUUCGGUCGAAAGGGAAAGGCAAAGGGAGAUAUCCCCGGUGUGAGGUUCAAGGUAGUCAAGGUUUCUGGUGUCGGUCUGCUGGCCCUCUUCCGAGGCCUCAAGGAGAAGCCCCGUUCGUAA